AUACAGUUAUUACUAUCGAUUAAUUUUAGCCACGAGCGCAUACGUUGGCGAAAAGAGUAGGGAUUGCAUGCUGGGUCUGAACCGACCACUCUCUCCCUCGCGCAGCCACCGUAAUGAUCAGCCCACAAAUAGGACAGUCAUGAGUAGCCACAGCGUUCAGCUUUUCCUUCGAACGAUCGAUCCACAAAUUUAUCAUAACUCACUGCGCAGAGACAGAUACACACACGCCGCUGUUGCGUUUACUUCUGGCCCAGUCAAGGCAGUGGGGUAGCCGACGAUGUGUGCCAUUAGGACCGUUGUGGAGGUAUAUUUGCAUUUGCAGUGUAGCGGAUGCUGAAUUUCUAGGAUAAAACUGUUCAGUUCUAAAAAAAACAGUUUGAAAAUUACUUGAUGAUGACGGCAGUUAAUUUCGUUUGGGCCGCACUUUUACUGUGUUGUAGCGGGAACGACGCGGUUCUUCUGCGCAACCGAGAUAUACCAGUUCAGGCCAACCGCUCCGACGCGCCCGAACCUAACGGCCCUUGGAAGAAACUGCGCAUAGCUAACAUCUUUCACGAUGGGAUGAUUCUCAGCGCCACCUGUCCCGGUUCCCGGUUGUGGGGCUAUGGAGAACCCGGCGCUCAUAUCAUCAUUGAUUUGCGUGUUGACGUCUAUGAUACUAGAGUCAAUGGUAAUGGCAAAUGGGAAACCUAUUUAUGUGUGGAUUCUCCUGGCGGACCAUUGGACAUUGAAGUGAUACAACAGAUCAAGAGAAAGCACGCCGGACACGCUAUGGUUCGCGGCGUUUAUUUUGGGGAGGUUUAUUUGUGUGCCGGCGAAGGGAAUAUGGCCUUUCCGGUCAAACAUAUGCGAAACGGAACAGCGGAACUUCUUGCAUCGUCAGAUUUUCCUUUUAUGCGUAUUAUGACAAUAUACCCGUCGACAUCGCCGGUGCCACUCACUGAGCCGCACAUUCUGCAAAACUGGACAAAAGUCACCCCCGACACGCUGCGCUACUUCUCGGCUAUAUGCUGGACAACAAUGCGCCGCGUAUAUGCCAGGCUUAACCACAAGCGCAAGCCAGAUGAACAAAUUCCGAUUGGUUUGAUCGGCGCUUACUAUGACAACACCACAAUCCGAACCUGGACGCCACCGGAAGCGAUCAAGCAGUGCAAUAAUAAACGAAAUAUGUCGGUCGAGCCUGGAAAAGAUUCGGCGGUGUUUAACGGAAUGAUUGCGCCGCUAACGAAAUUCCGUUUGAGCGGGGUGCUGUGGUACCAAGGCGAAUCGGACGCCGCGACGAAUCCUGAGGUGUACGGAUGCCGGUUCAAAGCGCUGAUCAAUGCCUGGCAAGGACGCUAUCCUUGGGCAGAGGGCCUGCCUUUCGGUAUUGUCCAGUUGGGCACGCAGAGCACGGAGAAGAUCCCCGGCGGAACUGCGUUGGUUCGCUGGCAGCAGACCGCGCAUUACGGCCAGCUGCCGAAUAAAGCGCUGCCACGGGUUUUCAUGGCAUCGGCAUUUGACUUGGACGAUCCCGGUUCACCGUUCGGGUCCCGCUACACACGCCACAAGGAAGAAAUUGCGGAGCGCCUGUUCGCCGGAAUUAUGUCGCAGAUCUACUACAUCCACCUACCGUUCCAAGGACCCUUCCCGAAACAGAUCCAGACGGACAGCGAUCAAAUCAUCAUCGAAUAUGAUACAAACGUCAUUUAUCGUAAAGACCAUCCUAAAGAAUGCUUUCAGGUCUGCUGUCAUUCACCGACAAUCCAGUUGAGUAGUUGGCAUGAAUGCAAAGUCUGGCACAACGUAACGACCAACUGGAUACGAUCAGAACCCAAUAAAGUCUUCGUCGGCAGUGCAACAUGCGGAAAACACGCGGGCUUCGUGCGGUAUGCGUGGCAGCUGGGAAAUUUAAAAUGCAAGGUUUACAUUUCGGAUUAUUUGUGGAGUUCAUAUGGUUUGCCGGGGGCGCCGUUCGUCUUGCCCACAAACUGGACCCAGGGAGAGGAAGCAACGGUAUAUUAAAACCGUACACUUUUUUCGUCAAUGGUGCCACUAAUUUUGUCUAGUCGUUCAAAUUUUGCUGCAACGAUAUUGCACAGUUGCCAUGUGUUAUUACUGUAUUAGAAAGGCCUGUAUCGGUAUCGGUAAAUGACGAUCAUCAUUAUUCCCGGGUAAAAUCUGUUGUCGCACCAGUCGUCAUACUACGUUGUACAUGCCUUUGUCAUAACUUCCCCG